CGAGAAAAUAACAUUGUGAUAAAGUUCUCGUAAUUUUAGAUUCAAAGAAAUGAUUAUCAUGAACAACAGAUAUCAAAAGGAUAUUGAUAUCAUUUGAGAAUAGUCAUUCUUAUUUUAAGCAGCUAACUCAAAAAGAGAAAAAACGAAGAUGGAGGACAGCGACAGGGAUCAAAUCAUCACCGAUGAGAAUAGACAAGAUACGAAUACCAAUGUUGGUUGGUGCCAAUGCAUUUAUAAACGGAUAAGACCAGGUGUACCGCAUUUGGUUGUGUUAGGCGUCGUUGUUCUAGCCAUAGUCGUAUCAAUAAUGGCGGUCAACUGGGCGAACUUGAUAUAUCCUGAAUGUGAAUCCGAAAAAAUGGUCCUCGCAGUUUUAUUAACAUUUCAAUCUAUAGGUGUAAUUUGCGUUUUAUUUCUUAUAUAUUUCCGUAAAAAAGCCAGUGAUAUGAAUCUGACAACAAAAGAUACAUUUUUGAAAAUUAAAUUGAUUUCAGUGUAUAUUUUUGGGGUAGGCUACCUCUUUCAUUGUGGAUACUAUAUGUGGAAACACAACGUUACACAAGAAUGCUCGGAUAAAGAAAAUAAUGACACGAUCAAAGGCUUAGGAAUAGCCUAUAACGCAAUAAGUAUUAUUUAUACACUUUUUCUCUUUGCAUAUUUCGCCGCCUUUUAUGUCCGAAAACGUGAAAAUAAUGUUAAAGAAAAUGCUGCUUCGUUAGGAAUAAUCAUAGCUAAUUCAUGUAUUUGGUUGGAUACACUCUUUUCGGAGUCGGAUUUUCUGUUUAAGAAGCAUUUAGAUAGCAACAGUUCUACAUCAAUAUUUAACAAAACUGACUCCUCAAAUAGAGCGAUAGAAGCUAUCGAGAAGACAGAUCCAUUUUUAUCCCCCGCGAUGAUAGAAUUUUCAUUAAUGGCUAUCGACCUGCUUUUCACAAAAACGGAUGACUCUUUGGAAGGUUCCAUACCGAAUGAUUCAAGAGAUGUUGAAAAUGGUGUCACAUUAGAUCAUACGGACGAUAGAAAUAUUUCCACACACAAUGAAGGAAACGAAUGGAAAGAUUUCUUCAAGGCAGUACUUCAGAUUUUGCUCGGUAUAGUUUCUUUUGCUUUGUUUGCUUUCACCUUUACAGUUGUCUUAACAACUGAGUCCCAACACCAAGUGGUAACAAAUAUCAACGAUUUUAAUGUUUACGUUGUAAUGCAACUAAUCUUGAAAAUUAUCAUUCUUGUUCUGGUUACAAUAAGUCUUUUAUCGCUAUGGCCAUUUUUGACUUUCCAUUUUAAUGUUUCUGCAUUUGUAUUAAUUGUCACGUGUUUUGGUAAUAUCGUCUAUCAUAUGCUGUACUGUUUUGCUCUUCAUUUUGAGAGUAACCAAAAAGAUGAAGAACACGGCAUCAAGAAAGGUUUCAUAACCGUAUCAUGGGCUGAUAACAUUAUUAGUAUAAUUAUAGCUGGAUUUCAAACUCUUUUUAUAUUAGGAUUCCAUUCACCAAAGAAUUAUAAAAAUAUGAUAUCGAAAGACUGGGAAAAUUGUGUAUACUAUGUCUGCUCUUUGUUAGGGGUGCUUAAUUUGGGACUAUGGAUCAGUGAUAGCAUUGGAGAGGAGCGGCUUCCUAUAUUUAGCUUCUCAAUCUACAAAGCAUAUGAAGUAGAAGUUUGGUCUGUUAUCAACAAAAUUAUUUUACCUCUUACAAUAUUUUUCCGAUUUCAUUCCGGUCUAGAUUUGUUAGAGUUUUACUGGAGGCACAGACGGAGCGAAAAUAAAACUAAUACAUUGAUAACAAAUUAGUCAUCAAAAUUAGCCCUAAAUACAAUAUGUAAAUCCAAUUUUAAGAUGGAAUUUUUAAAAAUGUAUAAGCAAACGAUAAUGCAAAAACGAAAUAAACAAUACUUUCAGAAUGCAUAAAAUUAUAUAUUCUAUUAAAGAAAACAAAAAAGACUCUACAGAUAUGCAUCUACAGAAUUUGUAUGAAUUGGCAUCAAUAUUAAGAAAUUAUUUAAAGCAUGAUUUAUAUUUAACCCAAGUGACAGUGUUCCCCUUUUUUUAAUCUUAAUUUGUUUUAAAACUAAUUUACUCCAAUAUAACUAAAAACUAGAGCCGAGAUCGUUGCAAGCAACGAGGAGGUCUUCCGUUACAACUACAAUCCAAUAAAGGAAUGUCAAUCAGUCUUAAUAAAACCAUCACCCUUUUCCUACUUGUCAGGGACUAAGAGAUAUUGAUAGGAGGCCACUUUCAGACUAGCUUAACUUGUGACCAAUAAGGGCUUUAAAAAAUUAAUUUGAACUCUUGAAAAUUAAUUUACGCCUAUUAUCUAUGUUUUAAUGUAACCCCCAGACUGCAGAGUAUUGAAGAGUUAGACCACUCAUAAAACAGAUAAAGGCAUGUCUGUGAUAAGUUGGGGGUAUAUUUAGAGAAGAAAAGUAUUGACUGCGACUUUAAAACACUAUUCCGUACAGGGAGCUAUUCCCUAUAAGCAAAAUGAAAGCAGGUAUGCAUUUCUUCAUGUAAAGCUUUUAACUCUCAUAUUACGCAAUACCAAAACAAUACAAUAAUACAAUAAGAUUGAUAGGAUAAUGAAGAACAAUUUUUCCAGCGACAUCAUUUUCGUAGCAUGUAUCGUUUUUUAGUUAUGCAGCAAAGACAUUCCAGACGCCUAGAUCCCUUAUUUAAGGAGCCAGCCCCUUUCUUGGUCUAAAAUAAAAGCCCUUUAAUUUAUGAUCAAUUUCUUUUUUCUAGAUGCAUUUAUGAAAUAUUUCAAACUAAAAAGAUACAACAACGAAAUGAGUAAAAAUUAGCAAUUUUUAAAAACAGAUUUCGAUUAUAAAAUUCAAGUGGUACAAUUGGAAAAAAUGAAAUACAAAAAUUUGAGGACAACAUUAAAAGUGUCAAUUUUAAAGACUUUUCACUUUGGAUUAUUUGCUACGGACCAUUACGGAGCCUUUGUCCGGAACGAAUGUCCCUAAACUAUUAAAAAAAGGGGGAAUAUCUCAAACCCGGAAGUUACGAUUUGUCAUCGUUUUGUGACUUAAAAGCUAGAUUUAAUUUACAAUUCACCCUGAAACUUUGAAUGAAAUCGGAUGACAAACAAAAAAAAUAUAAGGUUUAAAAACGUCUAGAAGAGGAAUAGAGAAAUAAUAAGGAAGAAUUGCCAUCAGAAUCAGUCCAAGGUCUUCCGUUGGAAACGGAAGACCUUAAAAAUGUUGUUGUACUUGUUGUACUGCAAUAUCUUAAUAUUAGAUUAUUAUAUAUACAUACUCUACAUCUGUUGUUUUAUUUUCAUUCGUGUCGUGUGUUUUCUACACGAAUUAUAACCCAGAACAAUAUAUAAAAUUCACGCGAUUGAAAUGCCCAUUAUAAUUUUAAAGUCAAAUUAAACAAUAACCCAUGCACGAUUGUUUUAACCUGUGAAGUAAUUGAGGAAAAAAUCUAAACUUUGACCCUAAAUUUUAAUGAAAAAUUCAGACAAUUAAACAAUUUAAACGAUUUUCGUUAUGUAAAAUAAUUACCGAUAAUUAUUUUCAGAAAUACAACAAUCAUAGAUCAGUAGUGCAUGUUUAAUGUAAUUUUAGUAUUAAGAAAAUUAGUUAAGAAGGACUAUGUGCGGUUUUAUGCUUUUUUUGCCCCCAAAAUUAAAGUUUUAUAAAGAGCUUUGAAAAUAAGGUGGAAGAUAGUUUGAAUUAUAUUUAAUAUAAGGGUGCAAAAAUUAUCACCACAGUGACGUCAUUAUUUAGAAAUGACGUCAUGAAAAAUGCCUAAUUUUGAUAUAUUGAUGUUUUAUAGCGAAAUAUGGGUGUUUUCCGAUGGUUGUUCGACUGGGAAACAUCGAGCGCAGGCUUGCUCAAGUAUCAUUUUUUAGUAUAAGGUGUAUAAUUAUCAGAAGAAAAACAAAUGUUAAAAUCGUACUUGAGCAGACCUGCGCUCUAUACUUCCGAAUGCAAAAUAUAAAGCAAAAUUGAAAAUAUUUUCAAAUUGUUUACAAAUUUGCAGGAAUUAGGUCAUUUAGUUGACGUCAUAGAUAAAUAGCAAUUAAAUGAGCAAUGAUGACUAAAAUCAUGAUUUUAGUUAUAGGCAUGUACUGUACAAUGAUUUAUGAAGAUUUGAUUUUUAUUGGACACUAUUUAAAAGUUGGUUAAAAUUGGGGCGGAUAUUUGACCAAACCGCACAUAGUCAUUUAUCACAUUCGCUACAAACGUAAUUACGUAUCAAUGUUCAAACACAUAUAGAGUGUAAUUAAGAGUUUGAUUAUGUUUCAAUUUUGUUAUCCUUGUUAAAAUCGUUUAAUUAUGAAUAAAAUUCAAUCAGAAUUCUGGAUGUUAAUCAAAUGUUUAUCAUAUAUAUUUAAACGCUUUUUUGUGUAAAUGUUAUAAAGUGUAAUAUAUGUAUGCUAUUAGAAAAAUAAAAUCAAAUGAUU